CCCCUCUCCCCUCCCCCCGGCCCCCGCCUCCGCGCGCCAUUCCUCGCCGUCCUCCGGCCGAGCGUCCCACCAGCCGCGUCUCGGCCAUGGCGGGCCUGGGGCCGCGACCCGCCAAGGGCUACCGGGUGGUUCUGCUCGGGAGCGUGGCCGUGGGCAAGACGGCACUGGCCACGCAGUUCGCCUGCGGCAGCUUCCCGGAGCAGUGCGAGCCGUCGGUGGAGGAGCUCUUCAGCAAGGUGAUCGAGGUGAACGCGGCGCCCGCGCUGCUGGAGAUCGUGGACACGGUGGGCGCCGAGCACCUGGUCACCCUCAAGGACCUGUACAUCAAGAACAGCGAUGGCUUCGUGGUGCUCUACAGCGUGUGCAGCGAGGCCUCGUUCGAGGCGGUGCGGCCGCUGCGGGAGCGCAUGGGCCGGCUGCGGGGGCCCAAGGCCGUGCCGCUCGUGCUGGUGGGUACCAAGGCCGACCUGGACGCCGAGCGCCAGGUGCUGACGGCGCGGGGCCGCGCGCUGGCCCGCGAGUGGCGCUGCCCGUUCCUGGAGGUCACGGCCAAGAGCAAACUGAUGGUGGACCAGGUGUUUACGCAGGUGGUACGCGAGAUGGAGGCCCUGGCCCCGCCCGAGGAAGAGGUCCCGGCCCCCCCCACCAACGCCCAGGAUACGUGGCCGUCCGAGAGAUUCAUUGGCUAAUACGCCACGGUUACUUUUGAAUACGUGUUCAGCGCUUUUCUGAUUUCUGAAGCUCAGCCUUCCUUCCCUGCUUUUUCAAGAAAGUUAUCCGGCCCAAGACAAGUGGUUACUUCCGCGUAGUUAACUCAGACCAGCUCCUCAGGCUGUUUGCAGAGCUUCUUACAUCCUUGGUGAAAACUUUGCCAAUUUGUUUACCUCUUACAGUGCUAUAGGAAGCCCCAAAUCGCUAUCUUUUUCCCGUAUGGAGAGAGUGCCACCCUUUUCUUCAAAUGGGAUUUGUUACAGGAUUCCCCCCCCGCCCCGCCUUUUUUGAUAACGAACGCCUUCAGAUGCCCUCCGACCUUUGAAAUGGAUUGAGGAACGUGAACUAAAAAGACUUUAAGCUUCGGAUUCCAUGAGGUUUUCGUGUGUUUCCCUCUGCUUUGCAGCCUCGAAGCGAGCGGUCAUAUUUUCCUCUCUGCGUAUUUCUAAAUAUAGUUAUGACACACGCAGCAGUGGUUUGAAAGGGAUAUUGUAUACCCUGGGAGGGGAGAAAUAACUUCUCACCCAGACGUUGCUCAGCUCUGCCUUCCCUUCUGUAACGGACAUUCGGUCGAUUUUGCAUCUGUAAAUUGAGUGAAAAUAAAGUGAUUUGAAAAGGUGA